CAUUUAACGCGGCUUUCUUUUCAAACAAUUUCUCGUUGAAAGGCAACCCCAUUUCAAAGUCGAACCCUCUGCCCAAUUCGCUGCUUCUCUUCUCCACUUCCAAAAGCUCCCAGACCGCGAGAAAGCUCCGCUGUGGUUGAUGGCGGGCGUCACCGGAGUUAGGGUCUUCGUCAACCUAUUGUGUCGAUCAACGUCGGAGGCGAGCUCAAAGCCGUUGCAGUUUCGUUGCUUUGGCGGUAAGCCGUCCCCGAUGAGGCCUUCGGCGGCGGCGAAGGCAGUUGCGAAUGCAUUGGAGGACGUGGAGGUUCCCACCGAGGGGAUUAGCCGCCCUCUUUCGGAGAUCUUGAGGGAGCUCGGUAAGAAGGUCCCGGACUCCUUCGUGAAGUUAUGGGUCGAAGACGGACAGACCAUCAAAUAUGUCCCAUGGCAUAUUAUCAACCGUAUUUUGAACCUGCAUGCGCCAGAAUGGUCUGGAGAGAUUCGAAAUAUUGUUUAUUCUGCUGAUGGAAAAGCUGUAACCGUCAUUUAUAGAGUCACUCUUCAUGGUACUGAUGCUGAGAUCUACAGAGAAUCUAGUGGAACUGCUUCUCUUGAUGACACAAACUAUGGAGAUCCAGUGCAGAAGGCUGAAGCAAUGGCAUUCAGACGAGCCUGCGCUCGUCUUGGCUUGGGACUUCAUCUUUAUCAUGAGGAUUUGUAGAAAAGAUGUUGGUUUCCUCUUUUGCACCAUGCAGUUUUCCUCUGUAACGACUUGUUUCUCGUUUUGUUUAUGAAGCUUUUUAGGCUUUGUUUGGGAUGGCUUUCUGAUUGCUUCUUAAAGCAGCUUUUUAGUUUAUAAAAAUUAUUUUUGUACUAAAAAGCUGUUUUAAAUUGGGAGAAAGCUGUUCCAAACGAAACCUUAAUAAGAUUCAUAUGAAAGAAAUCUAGUCAUGAGCAUUUAAAUAUCAUGGCCCUUCCCUUUGUUUGUAUUAUGGAACUUGCUAACUUGAAUCCAAAGCUAUUGUUAUGAUUUUGUUUAUUA